CUACUACGGUACAAGUACUUCUGUGUCAGAUAGCAGAAGAUAUUGAAUAGUGAACCUCUCAUAGAUCUUUAUCGGCCGGAAGUAGCUGGGUCAAGAGCAGAGACCCGCAUAACAAUCAGAAACAAAMCAGAAAAGAGCAUCAGCAACAGCAAGUAGCAAGUAGCAAAAACAUGUCCACCUCGGUAACAUCCGCAAUGAGACGGGCUGCCACCCGCAACAUCCGCCAGCGUGCUAGUAGAACCAUUGCCAACGGCAAUUCCAGUUUUCACCAGUGUCGUUUAAUGGUGGCAGCACAGCACGAAUCCGUGRCACCGUCGUCUUCACGGUGCUAYGGAUCCGCUGCCAUCAACGAUGACAACGGCGGYAACAGCAGCUACGUCUCCCCCUUCCAGGAUAUUUUCGACACAAUCGACGAGGGCAAGACGUUUCUCGGGACGAAAGAAUUCCAGUWCCCGGAYGUGAAAUAUCUCAAGUGCGGGGUUCCCGAGCACCAACUGAAGUACAAAACCACAACCUAUGGAAGGCUCCUAGAGGAGCCCUUCGUGAGGCCGAACGAGCACCGGGUGAUUCUCCAGGUGGCCGUCCGCCACAUUCCCCUCACAGACGUGCAAAAGAUGGUGCUGAAAGAGAUUGUAGGCAACCGGCUCAACGACGAGACSGGAAUCCUCCAGCUGAGUUCCGCCCAAUUCGGAAGCCGCAUAGAGAAUAAGCGACAYGUCGUAUCUAUGCUGGAGCGCGCCGUGGAAUCUGCCAAGACCCUUGCAGCGAAGCUAGUAGACGAAGAGAAGAGAUCAACGAAUCUGGCGUAAGCACCGUGACCAGAGACGUUGAACACGGCGAAGAAUUCAAGUAAUCGCGGCGUGUCAGAACAAGAGUCUUUUUAUGCACGUAUGCGAACCAACAAAUUUCCCUUGUAAAUUUUUUGGCGAUGAGCUGUUUUGAAACCUACCUAUAAAAAUAUGAUUACUAU